CCCUUUUUGUUUCAUUGUCGCUUCUCCGCUCAGCCACUCAACUUCAACAAGCAAACAGCAUGUCGCGCAGCAGCAGUGGCGGUGGUCGCAGCAGUCAUCGCAGCACAUCUGCCGCUGGCGACGACCAUCAUGACGACAGGGGCCUUGGUGCAGCCGCUGCCGAGACCCACAACGAGCGAGCGAGCCUCAUUGCUUCCUCGUCCUCGUCCUCGUCCUCUGGCGUCGUGACCAUUGCGCCGGACUCCGGGUCCCGACGGCGCCCACCCCGCGGCUCCACUGCUUCGUCAUCGUCGUCGUCGUUCGUGUCCCGCCUCUUCCAGUUCUCGAGACGAAAGGUGUUUGCGCUAUUGCUCGUCCUCGCGGUGAUUCUUGCCGUGGUUGGAGGACUGGGAUACUUUUCGUCUUCGUCGUCGUCAAGUCAACCCAUCCAAUUCCAAGGCCACGGAGCCGUUGCCGCCGAUUCAACCUACUGCUCUGAGAUUGGCGCGGACAUUCUGCGCCAGAACGGCUCGGCCGUCGAUGCAGCCAUUGCAUCGCUGCUCUGCAUUGGCGUUGUCAACUCCCACUCCUCUGGCAUUGGCGGUGGCGGUUUCAUGGUCGUCCACACGAAUGAUACCGACGUCGUGAUUGACUUCCGCGAGGUCGCUCCGGCGGCUGCCUAUGUCGACAUGUUCAAAAACUCGUCCCAACUGUCGCAGGUUGGUGGGCUUUCGGCGGGCGUGCCCGGAGAGCUGGCAGGCAUGGCCAAAGCACACGAAAUGUUUGGCAUUCUACCAUGGGCCAAGCUGUUUGCGCCUGCCAUCAAGCUCGCGCGUGAGGGAUUUGUCUUGAACGAGCACCAAGCGGCUGCAAUCACGUCCGAGCUCACGUACGUCCGCGCCGAUCCCGGCCUUCGUGCUGUCUUUAUCAAGGCGAAUGGAGAUCCUCUGGCCGCGGGCGAUGUGUGCAUCCAUGCGAAUCUCGCCAACACCCUGGAGGCCGUCGCGACCAACGGAAUUGACAUUUUCUACAAUGGGUCGAUUGCGCACCAGAUUGUCGACGACAUUAAUGCCAACGGCGGCAACAUGACAUACGAGGACUUUGCCAACUACCGGCCAGUCAUUCGCCAGCCGCUCGUUGCCUCGUACAAUGGCUUCAAGCUGGUGACGGCUCCGCCGCCGGCGUCGGGCGGUGUCACCAUCUCCGUCCUCAACAUUCUGGACGGGUUUGUCACGGCACAGACCAAGGCUCAGGAGACGGCGCGCCGACACCUCUACUCGGAGCAGACGGAGCCUGGACCCAUGCAGCCCCGAUCCCUCUUGGCCGUGCAGCGAACGACCGAGGCGUUCAAGUUUGGGUAUGCCUUGCGCACGCGCAUUGCCGAUCCCUUCGACACCGAGUAUGCGGAUGAUAUCGCUGCCACGCUGGCCGAAAUGCAGAACGUGACGGAAGCCCUGAACAAGCGCUUCCGGAUUCACGACAACGAAACGUUCGACCCAGAGUACUACGGCGCCAUUUACGACGUCGAGCCAACGCGCGGCACCACUCACCUGUCCGUCCUCGGCACCCGCGGCGACGCUGUGGCGGUUACGAGCACCAUCAACACGUACUUUGGCGCCAAGUUCACCUCUCCGUCGAACGGCGUCAUCCUGAACGACGAGAUGGACGACUUUUCGUCGCCCAACAUUACGAACGCGUACGGCGUGCCACCUUCACCCGCCAAUUUCAUCAAACCGGGCAAGCGACCGCUGUCCUCCAGCGCGCCUACCAUCGUGUUCAACGCCAAGAACGAGGUCUACAUGGUUGUUGGCGCUUCCGGCGGCACGCGCAUCACUACCUCGACCAUCCAAGUCAUGCAGUCUGUACUCACCUUUGGCGAGGGCAUCGACGAUGCCAUCACUCGCCCGCGCCUCCACCACCAGCUGCUGCCCAAUAUUCUCAUGCUUGAGCCGGCCUUCCCGACAAAUCUGUACACGGGGAUGCAAGCGAUUGGCCACAACGUGACCACGUCCACCUCCAUUGCGGUUGUUCAGGGCAUUGUGCAGUAUGCUCCCAAUGUGAUUUAUGCCAAGUCUGAUCCUCGAAAAGGCGGCGAGGCUGUUGUAUUCUGAAUGUUGUUUGCGUUGUGUUGAUUUUCGUUGUGUUGUUUUUCAUUGUGUUUGUGUGGUGAUUGACUGUAUCUUCUUCUCAAAAUGCUCAUUUUGUAAUUGCACCAUCAGUCUUUGAUUCCCC